AAAUCUUCUUCUCCCCCGUGGGCGCUGGUUCUUCUCGAUCUCCUUCCUCGCCGGCGAUGGUUCUUCUGCAAAUCGGAUACAAGCCUUCAAGAUAAAGUGAUUCCAUCAGGCGCUCCCUUGUUCAGCACUCCAGAUCUGUCACAGUGUCACCGAUUCGAUUCCGAGGUCGUCUUUUACGACAGCCGGCGGCAACAAAUACCACAGAGGACGAGGGAGGAGCAGAGCAAACGGAGUCCAGUAGCUCUUCUCUACUAGGAACGGAAGACAUGACAAUUCCUGGGAACCGAGAAGUAGCGGCGUCACAACCACCGCCGCCGGGCCGCCGGUGCCCUUGGCUGGUGUAUUACCACGGCAAAGGUUACAAAAAGCAGUCUUUCUGUUACGACAUAACAGGACCCUCGCCGGUCAAGACACACAUCAAGAGCAUUCCAGUCUUGCGCGACAAAAAGGUUCUUUCUUGUGCUCACGGCCGCCUUGUUUUGUACGAUUACAACGCCAAAUCCCUGUCUCUGUGCAACUCGACCACAUUCGACAAUACCCUAAUCCUGCCUGAUCUGCAUCACCUAUGGAAUCACAAGAUCGACAGUUGUGUCCUCCUACUACUACCUCCGGGAGGUAAUUUGACCCUGUUAAUAUUCUUAGAAGAAUUGCCCUCCAUAAUGUUGUGUGGGGUUGGAGAAACAAAGUGGAGUGAAAUAAGCUAUGGGAAGUAUUUGGAACCUUUUUUUGUAGAGGAGUUGCAUACAAUAGCUAGAGAAAACGGAAGUCCCCUGUUUUUCAGGAGGGCUGUUGGCUUUGGUGGCAAAGUAUAUGCCCAGCUCGGUGCGGAUUGGCUUGACGGCUUCUGCUACUCGAUGAUGUCGAUCGAGAUAGUUGAAGAGGGAGCGGCUGAGUUUGGGCUCGUUCUGCGUACGGUGAACGGGCCUGCUGACAUGAGGUCUGGUUGCUUCACUCCUUACAUCAAUGUCUAUAUGUUGGAAUCCUGCGGGGAACUCUUUUUAAUACAUUUUUCAUCUGGAGCUCUAGUGUUUGAGGUCUACCGAAUGAAUUUUGAUACUAUGGCUUGGGAGAGGAUGAAAAGCAUCAAGGACGCAACUUUUUUCAUUGGCGAGAACUACUGCUUUUCUUGCCCAACUUCAGGAUCAGGGGACCGUAUAUAUUUUACAAGGAGAAAAGAUCAUCGUUUAUACUGUUAUAACAUGGAAGAUGGCAGUGUCGUGAUGUCUUCGCCCCGUCCGGCUAUCCCCACCCCUUGGCCUUCUCCUCCUAUUUGGAUGAUGCCCCAACUCACCCUCUCCAUCAAGCAAGAAAGUGAACACAUCAACCAUGAUUGCAACAUCAACAAUCAAAGAAGAAGAAGCAUUGUCAUAUCAAAAAUGGAGUUGAGUGAAAAAACAGAUGGUUGCAUACAAUUGUGCGACCUUCCUUAUGAUUUGUUGGAACAUUUUUCCAAGCAUCUCAUAGCCAUUGAUUACAUGAAUUUUCGGGCCACUAGUAAGAUAUCCCAAUCCGUUUGUCCUCCAAUAAAUUGGAGAAUAGCAUUGUCUGGAGUUGAAAAAAAUGAUUGUUUCACUUCUCCGUUGCUCAUGUUUCCUGACAGGCACGAGAGCGUUUACAAAUUCUUGGAUCCAAGCGUAAAUUGCAAUGGUAACAAUUAUUACUUUAUGAGAAUGCCAGACUCCUUUGGAAGUCAUAUCAUUCGCUAUUGUAAUGAGGGAUGGGUUUUAUUGUCUAAAAGCGGGUCGGGUGUUAAUCUUUACAAUCCGUUCAAGAGAGACAUCAUCACUUACAAUUACAGUCAUACAAGAAUAGAAGAUUGUUUGUUUUUUGUUGGAAAGCCACCAGGUUCCAUGCACCCUAUUUGUAUUGAUUUCUGUGAUGGAAUCCAUGUUUUUGUAUCAAUCAAUUUUGAACCUGGCGAAGAUUGGUCUAGGGAUGAACUGACGAGUGAAAAGAAUUUUGAUGCAGCAAUGCAGACUAGUCCGGUCUUGUUUAAUGACGCUUUCUAUUACUUGGAUAAGAUGGGACGACUCGGAUAUCUUGAAAUAGAUCUGCAACUAGUAAACAUUAGGUGGGAAGUUCUUGAGAAGCCACAAAGGCCAGCUGACCUGAAGUUUUUUUCUCACAACUUCUUGGUGGAGUGUGGUGGGGAGUUGAUUUCAGUAUUUCUUGGUCGUGCAGGAAAAUGGGUUUAUGUUUACAAGCUGAAUAAUAAUCAUCAGGCAUGGGAAAAGGUGAGCAAUCUGGGAGGUUACGACUUGUAUCUCAACCCAACUUCUUCCUCUGCCAUGCCUUCUUCGAGUGGUGGAAACAGAAUUUAUUUCCCAUUGCUCCGUGGUACUAAUAUUGUUUACUUCUCCAUGGAGACGGGCAAAUGGCAUUUCUCUGGAAGCCAACAAGAUUCAUCAUCCCAUCUUUAUGGUACAAGAUGGUACCCCAACUCUUGUUGGAUUAAGCCGUGUUGGUAAUACACCUUUAUCCCAAAGCCAUCAUGAUUCUACAUUGAACUUUGGGGUGUUUCACUUGAUUUACCAUUUUUUUGCAGAACCAUUCGCUGCAGAGUCCAAGAUUUUGCUUCUUGUGUGAUACUAGUUAUUCUUUUGAAGCACCAACAACUGUCUUCUUUAAUUAAUAAAAAAAUCCCAUAUGGAUUCACCUUUCAUGUGAUGAGUAUGUAUCCAUUUCACGCGUAAGUUAUCUUUUUUAGGCUAAGGACACACGUGUGUUUUAAUAAUUGAAGCCUUAUUCC